UUACUUCAAAUUGAUGCUAAAAGGUUUUCUGUCUUUCUUUCUUUACGAGAGGGGCUCGUUCCUUUUAUCGCCAUGUCUGGCCGUGGAAAGCAGGGAGGCAAGGCUCGCGCCAAGGCUAAAUCCCGUUCGUCCCGGGCCGGGCUGCAGUUCCCAGUGGGCCGAGUGCACCGUUUGCUCCGCAAGGGUAACUACGCCGAGCGGGUCGGUGCCGGAGCUCCGGUUUAUAUGGCGGCGGUUCUGGAGUAUUUAACUGCCGAAAUUUUGGAGCUGGCGGGAAACGCAGCUCGGGACAACAAGAAAACCCGUAUCAUCCCCCGCCAUUUGCAACUAGCAGUGCGCAACGACGAGGAGCUCAACAAACUCCUCGGGGGAGUCACCAUUGCUCAGGGCGGUGUCUUGCCAAACAUCCAGGCCGUCUUGCUGCCCAAGAAAACCGAGAGCCAUAAGCCUGGCAAAAGCAAAUAAGCGAUAAGGGGGACUAGAACUUGUCCCUCCACCCCCCCCAAACGGCUCUUUUAAGAGCCACCCUCCUCUAUCAGAUUAAGGGGCUAUUAUCACUGAAAAAAAGAAUUCAACA